UGUGUCAUAUUACUUUGGCUCUCUUUGAUAGUACUACUGGUAGCUUCAAGUGUUUAUGAAGCAUAUAAAGUGCCACUUGAUUUCUAAGUGAUAGGUUGAUCUUGAAUUGCUCCCAUUUGUUGAAUUAGGCAACCAUUUUAGAUUAGUACAUUUUAAGGCAGGUCCACGUGGAUUAAUGUGUUGCCCAUUUGAAUGACAUUGUAUGCUUUUCAACAGCCUCUGUAGCAUCUUUUGUUUGAGCUGGCAACUGACAGGACUUUUAGCUUAUAUUUUAUUGCUAGCAAUCCAGUUGGAUUGCUAGACAGCCAAAUUAUUCAAAAAUUUCCUUUUACUUGUCCAAUUCUUAGAACAAUUUUGGUCUAUUUUCUACUCUCUUCUUAGAACUCUGUUUGCACUUCAGCUGAAUAGAUGUGUAUGCAUUUUGUUUGGAAACUCUUGCCAGCAAGUUGAUUCUGGAAGUCUUCAAGUCCUGAAAAAUGCAAAAUUGGCUUUAAGUCCUGAAAAACUCAUGUAGAAGUUGUUUACCUGUAAUCUGACAUAAGCUAUUAUGUAAAAACUUAUGAAUUAGAUCAUAUCAGUACUUAUCAUAUCAAUCCUUUAAGAUUCCAUUAGCAUGAAUGAUUUUGCAUUGUGCAGCUUGCUUCUUUCUGCAUACUGAGCAAAAAUUCAUUAUGUGAAGAGAUAGGGCCUUCUAAUUCUAAAUGGUUGUGAUGCUUGUGCAUAGGUCUGCACCAUGAGAGUAGAGAAGUGCCUGAAUGAGAUAGUGAAUAGGUUGAACAAGACAAAAGUCGAAAGGAAGCCUGACUUGAAAGCUGGGAGUCUGUUGCAUGGUUUGUAUGAUGCAGUUGACCUUUCUCAAGGAACACGAGAUCUCACUGAUGUCAAGGGUCUGCAACCGGAACUUCCUGACAACAUGCACCCCAAGCUGUUAGACUUGAUGCAAAGAUGUUGGGAGGUAACUCCUACUGAUCAGCCAUCCUUCUCACAGAUAACAGUGGAACUUGAAGAACUCCUGCAAGAGGUUCAGUUUUCUAAGUUCAUCUGAUGGCAAAGUUAUAGAGGUGUACUAGUAAGAUUAGGUAAAUUGAUGGGUCUAUGUUCCACCGUCUUUUAGUGAAAUGGUGAAAUGGGUAUUAGAUGGUCAGUAAUUAGUCUCAGCUGCUGUUUUUUCUUUCCAUAAACAACUACACCAUACGUUAUGUGGACCUUUAUGUGAAAACCUUAUUUCUAAUAUGAUGAACUUGUCCACAUAACUGGUUGGGUUUCUCAAUCUCUCCUCACAUGAACACGGAUGCAU